GCAGUAUCUCAUAAAUUCGAAUAUGCUAUUAAUUAGGAGUUUUGUGAUAUUAUAAAAUAAAUUCAAAAUAUUCUGGUACUAAGAAAUUUUUUAACGAAUUCAUAUUUAUUAGUGAGAUAAGCUUGAAAGAUGGAAUUAUCUGACUCUGAUAGAUUCAAGUCAAAUGUUUCUUAUACCUCUGUAAAUCUAAGUGUAGACAAAGGAUUAGAAUAUAAUCAAGAAAGCAUAAGCAAUUUGAAUACGAUAGAUAAGUUUCCAGCAAAAAGCAGUUUACAGACCAAUGAUACCUUAGAACAUCUAGAUCUUUUUCAAUCACAAAAAUUUGACAAAAGUUCACAGAAAAGGAAUGUAGUGUUAUCAAAUAGAACUAUUGAUGUUAGUGGAGAAAAUAAUAUUUCUGAUGUUAAUGGAAAAACUAAUAAUUCUCAAAUUAAUAGACAAACUCAUGAAUCUAAUAAUGAAGAUCAAGACGAUGUUGAGUCAUUGAGUGUGUUUACAUCCGAAGACAGUUCUAUAUCUUUUUCUGAUGUUGAAUUAUUGAAUUUUGUUAACACAAAUAGAACUAUCGAUGUUAAUGGAGAAAAUAAUAUUUCUGAUGUUAAUGGGAAACCUCAUAAUUCUCAAAUUAAUAGACAAACUCAUAAAUCUAAUAAUGAUGAUCUAGAUGAUGUUGAGUCAACGAGUGGGUUUACAUCAGAAGACUCUUCCAUAUCUUUUUCUGAUGUUGAAUUAUUGAAUUUUGAUAACACAAAUAGAACUAUCGAUGUUAAUGGAGAAAAUAAUAUUUCUGAUGUUAAUGGGAAACCUCAUAAUUCUCAAAUUAAUAGACAAACUCAUAAAUCUAAUAAUGAAGAUCUAGAUGAUGUUGAGUUAGCGAGUGGGUUUACAUCAGAAGACUAUUUUUCUGAUGUUGAAUUAUUGAAUUUUGAUAACACAAAUAGAACUAUCGAUGUUAAUGGAGAAAAUAAUAUUUCUGAUGUUAAUGGGAAACCUCAUAAUUCUCAAAUUAAUAGACAAACUCAUAAAUCUAAUAAUGAAGAUCUAGAUGAUAUUGAGUCAGCGAGUGGGUUUACAUCAGAAGACUCUUCCAUAUCUUUUUCUGAUGUUGAAUUAUUCAAAGAAGACAAUCCGGUUAUUCAUACCCAAAGUGAAGAUCCAGAUUCAUUGAAAUCAAUUGAUGAAUUUUUAUCUCAGAAAUAUAACGAAAAAUGGGAAAAAGACAUCCGUGAGCGUGAAGCAAUGAGUGUCAAUACUGGCAAUGCAUCUAAUUCACUUACAAUAAAUAAAAGCCCUAUUGGUGGCACCAGAGACAUAAAUGAUUCACAUUUAAGGAGUGAACCUAAUUAUAUUUUGAAAUCUGUCAGACAUUUUUCACAGGAGUCACAUCUGCAAAAAUCUUAUUUGGAUAAAACUCACACAAAGUCAAAUUGUCCAAACACAAACGAAAAAAAUUCAAAUAAUUUGAACAAGAUUUUGAAUAAUGGGAAUUGUAUGAAAGAAAUGCAUCAGAGAUCUAAUCAUUCAGAAUAUCCUACAGAUCAUAUGAAACACUUGAAUAAUAAUGGUGAAUUGGUAAAAACAUCUAAGCCAUAUCUGUAUAAGUACAUAGAAAACACAGUUAAUAAAAGAAGAUUGAAAGGAUUAGUUGAUGAAAUUGAUUCAAAUAGUAAAAAUAAUCUCAUUAAAACACAUCUUGGUAAGGAACAUAUUGUAAAUAAAAGUGUAUUUGCAUCACAACAAAGAAGACAAAAUUUAAAUGAUUGUUUUGAAAAAUCUAAAACUCAAAUAAAUUCUACUAAUAAUGCACAAGAAAACUCUUCGUAUUUCACUCGAUCAGAAAGCAGAAAUCAACAUUUAUCAAAUCCAGCUGAUGAUUCAGAAAAAAUUGAAAGUAAUUUAAAAGCUUGUGAUCUGAUACAAAAAUUAAUGAAAAUACAAAAGGCUAAAAUGUGUGAAACGGGAAUAACAAAUAGAAAUUUAUUGCAAUUUUCAAAAAACAAUGAUUUUCGUACAGUGCGAGAGCCUUCUGAGAAUGAAAAUAAUAAAAGAAACAGUGAGUUAGACGAAAAUGUUGUAUCUAAUAUACACAAGCAUGGUGUAUAUAAAAAACUUGAUCAAUGGAGAUGCAUAAAAAAAUCAAAUGCUGCUUUAUUUAAAAAUAAGAAAACUGAAGGGAGUACUAUGAGUACUGUUCACAAUAAUAAUACAUCUGAAAUAGUACUUGAUGAAACUGAAAAAUCUUGUGAACCAGUUAGAGAAAUGCAAUGGAUGAUUAAUUCUACCCCCAAACAAAUCAGCCAAAAUGUAGCACAGGAUAAGCUUAAGUUGGUUGAACGAUUUAAAAAUAGGUUGUCUAAUGAAGAUCUUGCAAGAAGUACCAGAAUUAGGUCUAAAAAUAUAAACAUACUUUCUUCACCAAAAUUGUCUCCAAUUCCUAUAUCUAGAGAAUUAAUUCAGAAUACUAAAAUAAAAUCUUACAGCUUACGCAAUAAGUAUAGAUUUGAUCCGCCACAAGUACCUAAAGAUACUUCUUAUGAUCAAGAAUUACAAAUUGAAGAUGAUAGUUUAUCAUUUAAUAAUGCUUAUAAGCUAAGGACCAGAAAUGUGAAAUCAGAUUCUAAAAAUCAUGAGCUGAAAAUUGUUAUAAAAGAAAAUAGCAAAUAUAGUAAUAAAAGGAUACAAAGUGCAGAAAAUGUAUCUAAAAGGAAAAUUAGUACGCGAAGCAAACCUAAGGGCUUGAUCGAAGAAGUAAUUCAGCCUGGUGAAAAUGGCAUAUUUAAGAAUAUACUAAAACAAAAAAACAACUGCAUUGAUAUUUUGUCAAGGAAAUCUCCUGCAGCUGAAAGGUGUCCAGUACCUACUAGUACAAAUGGAAUUUCGAGAGCUAAUAUAAAAAUGGAUGAACAAAUAAAAAAACUUAAAGAUCAAAUCACACGCGAUAGGCUUAAUACACCAGAAGUACCUAAGGAUAGUUCAUUAGUUCAUAAAAACAAGAAGCUUGUAAUUGAAGCAACUAAAGUUUCAAAGAAAUCUGGUAGACCCAAAAAGAUUCAAAUUUUGGAGAAAUCAAAGAAAAACAAUAAUGAGGUGCAACGUAACAAUAAAGAUUCACCAAUAAAGUCAAGAAAGUUAUUCUCAAGUUCUGAUCAAAAUGUAUCCAAUGUGUCAGCUGCCAAUGAAAGGCUUCAAAUACUAAGAAACGGUAGAGACACUACAAGCAGACUCAAAAAGAUUCAAAUUUUGGAAAAGUCAAGCAAAAACAAUAUUGAUGUGCUACAUAACAAUAAAGAUGCACCAAUAAAGUCAAGAAAGUUAUUUUCAAAUUUUGAUCAAAAUGUAUCUAAUGUGUCAGCUGCUAAUGAAAGGCUUCAAAUACUAAGCAACGGCAGAGACACUACAAUAAAUUCGCCUUUGAUCGUAAGAUCAGUGAAAAAUGAAGUAAAAAAUGCUGGAAUUAAAAAACCUAAUAUAAGGUUUACUAUGCGAGACAAUAGGAGGUUGCUGAAUAUAAUUACUAAAGAGCCUUAUAUUAAAAGUCUUAAUGAUCCUCACUCUGAUGUAUGGGAAGAUAUUUUUAAAGAAUGGUUGCAAAUAUCACUGCUGGAUCGUAGUGUUACUUUAACAGGUUUUAAAUCAUCUGCAGUCUUGAGAAAACAUUUUUAUGAGAAUUUAUUACCAAAACUCAAACCUAAUCAAUAUAAUCUGUCUUCGGAGACAAUAAAACUAUUAAAGAGUAGCAUAGAAAGAUAGUACAAAAGAA